GGAACCAGCCGGGCUUGAUUAUAUGCUCUGGCUCCUCCUGAUCUUAGUUUAUAAAACGUAUUUAAUGUGAAUCUGUGAGAUUUAAAAGAGUAGAUCAGACUCUCCUUAAUAAACCACCUAAUCUGAUUCAAACACACCGAUUCAUUUUCCUUCACACGAUUAUGAUCUGCUGACAUCAGCAUUUCUAACAGACCCGAAACCUCAAACAGCAAACAAAGAGAUGUACAGAGAUAAGAGGCGGGGAGAGAGAGAGAGAGAGAGAGAGAGAGAGAGACACAGAGCUCAUUGAGUUGUUGAAGGAGCUGGAGGACGGAGCUGUGGGUUAAAGCUCUUUUAUCUCAACACCAGUGAGUCUUUCAACAGUUUCACUGCAUGAUUUUCUGAAUGAGUUUAUGAUUAAAGAAACAUCAUUUUAAUCUCAAUAUACACAUGAACGGAUUUGGACAGAAUUCUUGAGGAUUUUGCGAUGAGAUCCUGUGUGAGGACGUGUCUCUCUCUCUCUCUCUCUCUCUUUCUCUCUCUCUCUCUCUCUCUCUUUCUCUCUCUCUCUCUCUCUAAACCUUAACAACUGCCUAGCUUACUAUUACAGUUUUUCUCAAUUGCUAAAACACUAAACCCUAUUGUCUGAACCAAAUCCUCAGUUGCCUGAACCCUUUUGGCAAAACCAUAAGCACUUUUCACCUGUUUAGACACAACUUGCUAACACAUUUUCAUUGUGAUGCACCCGUGCUGCAUAAUGGUGAGCACAGGUGACAAAAGUCAAACACAAUUAAAGCACAGGUGUCACCACUUGAACACAACAACUCACAAUUGAUCACACUUGUGGCUAAUGAUGUGAGGAAACAUAUACAGUAAGCCAGUUCAGAGAGCACUGGUUUGUGAGGCCCUACAAUGGAUAGAAAUCUGAGAGGAAGAGUUUGUGUGAGAGGAGGUCGAGGAGGUCGAGGAGGUCGAGGAGAUCGAGGUGGUUGAGGAGGUCGAGGAGAUCGAGGAGGUCGAGGAGAUCGAGGAGAUCGAGGAGGUCGAGGAGGUCGAGGAGGUCGAGGAGAUCGAGGUGGUUGAGGAGGUCGAGGAGAUCGAGGAGGUCGAGGAGAUCGAGGAGGUCGAGGUGGUCAAGGUGGUCGAGGAGUUUGAGGUGGUCAGCGAAGACAAAGAACAGUAAUAUCUGAUGAAAUCAGAGCUACUGUGAUUGAACAUGUUCUUGUCCAUGGGAUGAGCAUGAGGGAGGCUGGACAAAGGGUACAACCAAACAUAAGUAGAUUCACUGUGUCCACCAUAAUCCGAAGAUUUAGAGAAGAGAACAGAAUUGAAAGACUGCCACAUGGGGGUGGGAGGACAGAGGGUUUUUCAACUGGAUGCAAUGGAAAGACUCAUGAAUACAUGUACAUGGAUGAAGCUGGGUUUAAUCUCACCAAAAGGAGAAGGAGAGGCCGUAAUGUGAUUGGCCAUCGGGCCAUUGUUGGCGUUCCUGGGCAGCGUGGUGGCAAUGUCACGUUACGCAUUUUGACCUCAAAGUACGCUGGUGCCAUGAUGUCUUCUGUGCUGCUGUCUGCCCUGCUGCUUUUGCCCACUGUCACCUCUGUCUCUGCCCCCUAUAGACCCUCGCACAAAUAUUGCCCCAGGUGCUGUGAUCACCUGGACCCGCCCCUUAACCCCGCUCCCAUCCUUCAGCCAAUCCUACUCCUGACUAUCCUCAAAGGGGAGAAAAGAGACCGCGGUGAGAGAGGAACACCCGGUAAACCCGGAGGCGACGGACCCUCAGGACUCAGAGGUGAGACGGGACUCACGGGCAGUGGAGGUGAACGCGGAGCUCCUGGAGACCUCUGCAAAAUCCAGCAGUCGUCAUUCUUCGUGGGCCGACGUAAAGCUGUGCACAGCGCCGAUUAUUACCAGACCCUGAUCUUUGACACCGUCUUUGUGAACCUGGAGCAACACUUCAACAUGUUUAAAGGAAAGUUCUACUGUUUCGUUCCAGGAGUUUACUUCUUUAACGUCAACAUUCACUCGUGGAACUUUAAAGAGACGUACCUUCAUCUGAUGCACAACGAGCACGAGCAGGUGAUUCUGUACGCGCUCAUGCUGUCAUUACAGCUCAAUGAUGAGGUGUAGGUGACACUUCGGUAGAGAGAUAGCGCCAUCUACAGCGAUAACACCGACACUUACAUCACAUUCAACGGACACCUGGUGGCUCCUCAAGUCGCGAAGUGAGAAAUCUCAUAAUGAAGUCGCUUGAGCUGCUUAUCACGCGACAGAUUUCAGUCCUGGAUUUCUCUUCAUUUCAGACACGAUUACACUUUUUUUACAGACACUAGGACUCAUUUCUCAAUACUUAGGUGACUUUUGCAAAACUCUUCACACAGUGAGCACAACAGAAGUCUAUGUGGGCUAAACUGAGGAUCAAUUAUCAUUGCUUUGGCACAAAAUGCAUUCAAUGACUACAUCUCUCAAAUGUCAUGAAUUCUUUUCUCGUUCAGACACAACAACUGCCAAAAGUUUUUGUACGUACACGUCAAUUUACACAUGUUUACAUACUGUUUUAAAAACUGUUAAACUUAUGUUCAAAACAAUAACAUAAUACAAAACUGAAUAAGACAGCAAUUUGCUACAUUCCUACAGUAAUAUUUUAAUGAAAUAUAUUUUAAAUCUUUAAAUUAAAUGCUAUAAAAACAAUUGGACAAUAAGACCAGCCACAGCUGAUUCUCAUUGUAGAUGAACAUCUACACAGGUGUUACUCUUUCAAUUUCAUUACAAAAGGAGACAACUGCUGAAUAGUUUUGUAUUGUGAUGUAAACAUGGACUCAGCCAGAAAUAGAGAAGUGUCUGAAAGAGGAAGAAGAGUGGCUGGGAGGGGGCGAAGAAUACGCAUGCAUGGUGGAAGAAGAAUAAGAGGAAGAUCAAGAGCUGUAGUCUCAGAUGAGAUCAGAGCUACUGUAAUUGAUCAUGUAGUAAAUCAUGGUCUCUCAAUGAGAGAAGCUGGUAAGAGAGUGCAGCCAAAUCUGCAACGCUCUACAGUGACAUCUAUUGUUAGAGUUCUCCGGCAAACCAACAGGUAACUUGUAUUCUGCAAGGGCAUUUGACUGAGUUGCACAUUACAGAAGGUGUAUUGCCCUAGAUGACAUAAGAUGUGAUGUGGAUGAGAACCUGUGGCCAAAUGGAGAAGACCGAGUAGAUUAGCAUUACUAUUGUAUCUGUAUCAGUGGAUGGUGUGCAUACAAAUUCUUGUAUUUUGGAAUUACUCAGUGCAAAAACAAAAAAAAUAAUAAACGACAUAAAAUAUUGACGAAUUCUGCAUCAUGUCUGAUUCAUUCCAGUAACAUAUAUUGCAGUGAAAUGUAACCAGAGGUGUGGCCUUGUUAUACACAAGAAAACAUUGUAUAAUGCUACAUGUUGUUAGUGUUUUUUAGGUCAUUGUUUUGUGGGUGAGAAAGUGUGUUUGUCGGCUGUUAACCUUUGCUAGUGUUCUGGAAGAACGAGUUGAUUUGAGACCUGAAUAAAGUGUUUUGGUAGUUGUAGAGCAUUUUGAAUGUGAAAGGAACUGCUUUGCCAAGCUGAAAGUUGGUUAGGAGAACUGUGGGAAGAGUUUUGCAAAGUGACCUAAGUAUUGAGAAAUGUGUCCUAGCGUCUGUAAAAAACUGUAACAGUUUUAUCAUUUCAAACAUAGUUUUAUGCCAGGUGAACACAAAAACCAAAAACCCACGUUACCUGAAUAUGAGUUGAUGCUGUCGCCUAGAUGUCUGUUUCUCAGCCCUUUUAGAACAUUAUAAGAAAAACAUAAAUUUACUCAGAUCUUUUUGAGACGGUGUUUCACUUUGGAUAAAAGCGUCGGCUAACAAUUACAUGAAGUUCAGACUGCAGAAUCACCAAAUGUUGUAAAUGUGAAUCUGUCAGUGAUCGUCUUGUGAAAACACACAUGAUGAAAACAACAUAAAAUGAAAGAUUUUACUCUUGAGUUCAUCAGAUGUUGAUGUGAUUCAGUAUUCAAUAAUAACUGGUGAUGUCAUUAUAUAAGCAGGUGCUGAUCAUCUUAUGUUGAUAUUUGAAGAGUUUGGUUCCUAUAUGAGACGACUCAAAAAUCACGUUUUUUAUUUCGCAUUCCAAUUAAUUUCAAUCAAACUGCAGUCAGUUUGCUUUGAUUUAAGACAUAAUCGCUCGAAAAAUACAGCUAACUAAAACUAUAAAACACAAUAAAAACAUGGUUAUAUUAUAAAAAAUCGAACCUAACUUUUCAUAUGUACAUAAUUCUUCUGUUGUGUGUUUAUAUUUUUGUCCAUUGAAUUCAGAUACAAAAUGGCUAAGAAAUGACUUGUUUUCAUUUAGUGUGUAUUUUACGUACACAAGAUCUGUACGUUGUCAUUUGUACAGACUAGAUCCGCAGUAAGCACGCGCACAGACACACACUGCCCUCUAGUGCGCGCGCACAUCCACACAGCUCAUUAGUGAGAGCUCAUUAACACACACGUGAACUGCAUCAUGUCUUUGUGUUGUGAUGUAUUCUCACAAACACACAAUGAUUUCAUGUAACGUCAGU